AUGUCCGACGAUCCUUCUAUCAAGAAAGAGACCCAGGCCGAAGCUGAUCACGACCCUGCCACCGCCAUCCUCAGGGCAAAAAAAUCACCCAACCGAUUAGUCGUCGAUGAAGCCACCUCCGAUGACAACUCCGUUGCCACUCUCAAUCCUGCCACAAUGGAAACAUUGUCUCUGUUCAGGGGUGAUACCAUUAUUGUCAGAGGCAAGAAGCGUAAAGAUACCGUCUUGAUUGUCCUCAGCAGUGAUGAUGUAGACGAAGGUAAAAUCCAGAUGAACAAAGUUGCCCGGAACAAUCUUCGGGUCAAGCUUGGUGACGUCUGCAACGUCCAUCCAUGCCACGACAUUAAAUAUGGUAAACGUAUUCACGUUUUGCCCUUUGAUGACUCUGUUGAGGGUCUCACUGGAAACCUCUUUGAGGUAUUCCUCAAGCCUUACUUCCUCGAAGCUUAUCGACCCGUUCGAAAGGGUGACUCCUUUUUGGCACGUGGAGCGUCUCGAUCGGUGGAAUUCAAAGUGGUCGAGACUGACCCAGCCGAGUACUGUAUCGUCGCACAAGAUACAGUGAUCCACACCGAAGGCGAGCCAAUCAAGCGUGAGGAUGAGGAAGGCAACCUCAGCGAGGUUGGUUAUGAUGACAUCGGUGGAUGUCGCAAACAAAUGGCCCAGAUCCGAGAAUUGGUGGAACUUCCACUCCGACACCCUCAGUUAUUCAAGAGCAUCGGUAUCAAGCCCCCUCGUGGUAUUCUCAUGUUUGGUCCCCCCGGUACUGGGAAAACACUCAUGGCCCGUGCCGUUGCCAACGAGACUGGCGCUUUCUUCUUUUUGAUCAACGGCCCGGAAAUCAUGAGCAAAAUGGCCGGUGAAAGUGAAAGUAAUUUGAGGAAGGCAUUCGAGGAGGCUGAAAAGAAUGCCCCUGCCAUCAUCUUUAUUGAUGAAAUUGAUUCUAUUGCUCCCAAGCGAGAGAAGACCAACGGAGAAGUCGAACGCAGAGUUGUUUCUCAACUGCUUACCUUGAUGGAUGGUUUGAAGGCUCGCUCCAACGUUGUGGUGAUGGCUGCCACCAAUCGCCCGAAUUCGAUCGAUCCUGCGCUUCGUCGAUUUGGUAGAUUUGACCGGGAGGUGGAUAUCGGGAUCCCUGAUGCUACUGGACGUCUUGAGAUUCUGCGAAUCCACACUAAAAACAUGAAACUAGGUGAUGACGUGGACUUGGAGAAGAUCGCUGCCGACACGCACGGAUAUGUGGGCUCGGAUGUGGCAUCGCUCUGUUCGGAGGCUGCCAUGCAGCAGAUCCGAGAAAAGAUGGAUCUUAUCGAUCUGGAUGAAGAUACGAUUGAUGCCGAGGUGUUGGACUCACUCGGAGUGACGAUGGACAACUUCCGCUUUGCUCUCGGUACAUCAAAUCCAUCCGCGCUCCGAGAAACGGUUGUCGAAGUGCCCUCUGUUACCUGGGACGACAUUGGUGGCUUGGAGAAAGUCAAGCAAGAGCUGCAGGAAACUGUGCAGUACCCGGUCGAGCAUCCGGAAAAGUUCCUCAAGUACGGUAUGUCGCCCAGCAAGGGUGUGCUGUUCUAUGGACCCCCUGGUACUGGUAAGACCCUGUUGGCGAAAGCUAUUGCCAAUGAAUGCCAGGCGAAUUUCAUCAGUAUCAAGGGACCAGAGCUUCUUACGAUGUGGUUCGGAGAAUCUGAAGCGAACGUUCGAGAUGUGUUUGAUAAGGCACGUGCUGCUGCGCCAUGUGUGAUGUUUUUCGAUGAACUGGAUUCGAUAGCCAAAGCUCGUGGAGGCAGCUCGGGCGAUGCAGGCGGUGCUGGAGACCGAGUGUUGAAUCAGAUUCUGACGGAGAUGGACGGGAUGAAUGCGAAGAAGAACGUGUUUGUGAUUGGUGCUACGAACCGACCUGACCAGAUCGAUCCGGCGCUCCUCCGACCGGGACGAUUGGACCAGCUGAUCUAUAUCCCCCUACCGGAUGAGACCUCUCGAGAAUCGAUCCUGAAAGCCGCGCUGAAGAAGUCACCCCUGUCGCCGUCGAUCAACCUGAGAUUCCUUGCCCAAUCCACGCAUGGGUUCUCUGGAGCUGAUCUGACUGAGAUCUGCCAACGGGCUGCCAAGCUGGCGAUCCGGGAGAGUAUCGACAAGGAUAUGCAGAAGGAGCGAGCCAAGAGGGAGCGAGAGGCGCAACAGGAGGCAGUGGGUGGCGAAGUCAUCAUGGACGAGGAUGAUACUGAAGAGGAUCCUGUUCCGGAAAUCACAGCCGGCUCGUUCAAGUUCCCCGAGGGUGAAGGGGGGGCUGGUGGAGGUGGAGGCAGUGGAGGGGCUGCGCAAUUCGGGCAGGAUAACGAAGAGUGA